UGUCCAAUCAGAAGCGAGCAGAGCACAACAAGGGCUCCAUGUUUGAUCAGCCGCUCUCCUUCACCUACUCGGGCUCCGUGUCUACGCACUUUGGCCAAGGCUUCAAGCUAACGGCUAUACUCGAGGGGGUUCCACCCGGGAGGAUGUAGCCGUACUCCCACACCCAAAUGCUGCCGUCACACCGGACCGUUUCAACAACAAUGGAAUUGGCUGACUGAACCCUGGCAUGUAGGCUGUGGAAGAAAUAACUGUAACCGCCACAGUGGCAUAAUGUUCACAGUGACAGAGUUUGCAUCCUUGAAUGAAGUGCAGCCGACGUACCGUAUCCUGAAACCAUGGUGGGACGUCUUCAUGGACUACCUGACCCUAGUCAUGCUGAUGCUGGCCCUGUUCGCCAUGACCAUGCAGAUCACAAAGGACCAGGUAGCUUGCCUUCCUUUAAUGGAGGAAUCACAGGAGGCCGCAGGAGACGACAAUCAACAAAGCACAGGGAUCAAGACCAAUUUGGACUUUCAGCAGUACAUGUUUAUUAACCAAAUAUGUUAUCACCUUGCCUUGCCGUGGUAUUCCAAAUAUUUCCCCUACCUGACCCUCAUCAACACCCUCAUCCUGAUGAUCAGCAGCAAUUUUUGGUUUAAAUUUCCCAAGACCAGCUCCAAAAUUGAGCAUUUUGUCUCGAUUCUUUGUCGAUGUUUUGAGUCACCUUGGACCACCAAGGCUGUAUCCGAAACGGCCUGCGAAGACUCCGAGGAGAACAAACAGAGGUUGAGUGGCACCUCUUUUGCACAUAAUAAGGCUUCUUUGGAGGGGAAAGAGGACGGCUCAAACGCCGCCCCGAGCUCCCCCAAGCUUGGAGGGGUGGUCUCUGCAGAUAAGCCCAUUGCAGAAGCUCCUAUCAGUAUGCCCAUCUUGGAUAAAAAGGACGGGGAGCAGGCCAAGGCCCUGUUUGAGAAAGUGAGGAAGUUCCGAGCUCACGUGGAAGAUGACGAUUUUAUUUACAGGUUUUAUGCAGCGCAGACCAUUUUCAAAACUGUCACGUUCAUUACCAUGCUUUCCCACACGUCAAGCUUUCUGGUUCAAAUAAAGUUUGUACACAUCUGUGAGAAUGACGUCAAAUCGUUAGUAGGGUACGGACGUUUUUUUUGUACGCAUAACAUGGCUUUCAUGUUGGAUAAGAUGCUGAUUUGCUACAUAGCUCUGAUGAUAAUGUAUGGAAUAGUGUGUCUCUACUCUCUCUUAUGGAUCUUCCGAGGACCUCUGAAGGAGUAUUCCUUUGAGAAGGUCAGGGAAGAGAGCAGUUUUAGUGACAUUCCUGAUGUCAAAAACGACUUUGCAUUCCUCCUACACAUGGUUGACCAAUACGAUCAGCUCUACUCCAAACGCUUCGGCGUCUUCCUGUCUGAAGUUAGCGAGAACAAGCUGAGGGAGAUUAGCCUCAAUCACGAGUGGAACUUCAAAAAAGCCAGAAAGUGUGUGACGCGCAACGCACAAGACCAGCAGGAACUGCACCUUAAGAAUCUUUUCGGUCUCCCCAAUGUGGUCUUUGACCUCACAGACUUAGAAGUGCUAAAGUUGGAGAAGAUUCCUGAAGUGAGAUUCUCUGCCAAAGUCUCUCAGAUGACCAGCCUGAGGGAGCUCCAUCUCUAUGAGUGUCCCGCCAAAGUGGAGCAGACCGGUUUUGCGUUCCUCCGCGAUCAUCUUUACAGCCUGCAUGUCAGCUUCACGGAUGUCGCAGAGAUCCCCACGUGGGUCUACUUGCUGAGGAACCUGCGAGAAUUUAACCUCGUCGGGAACUUGAGCUUGGAAAGUAACAGGAUGGUUGGUCUGGAGUCCAUGCGGGACUUGAAGCACUUGAAGACAUUACACCUGAAGAACAACCUCACCAAAUUGCCCACAAACAUCACAGAUGUGUCGCAGCACCUCAUCAAGUUAGUGGUGCACAAUGAUGGCACUAAACUCCUGGUGCUCAAUAGUCUGAAAAAGAUGAUCAACCUCAUUGAACUGGAGCUGCUUAGCUGUGAACUUGAGAGGAUACCGCACGCCAUUUUCAGCCUGAUCAACCUCCAGGAGCUCGAUCUGAAGUCCAACAACAUCCGGACCAUAGAGGAGAUCGUCAGCUUCCAGCACCUCAAGAGGCUGACGUGUCUGAAACUGUGGCACAACAAAAUAACCACCAUCCCGGCCUCCAUCGGCCAGGUCAAGUCCCUGGAGUCUCUCCACCUCUCGCAUAAUAAACUGGAGUCCCUCCCUCCGGCUUUGUUCAAGCUCCCCAAACUCCGACAUUUAGAUGUGGCCCACAACUUCAUCACGGUUCUCCCCCCAGAUGUGGGCCUCCUGCUGGACCUGCAGCACCUGGAUAUCACUUCCAACAAGCUGGAGGUGUUGCCCAAACAUAUGUUCAAGUGCACCAAGCUGAGAGUGUUGUGCUUGGGCCACAAUGCCCUCACCGACCUGCCGGAAGCCGUGGGCGAGCUGGUUCAGCUCACUCACCUGGAGCUCCGAGACAACUGUCUGUACAGGCUGCCUUCACAGCUUGGCAACUGCCGCCGGCUGCACCGAAACGACCUGCUGGUGGAGGACCACCUCUACGAAAUGCUGCCUGUGGAGGUGAAGGAGAGCAUCAGCCGAGACUACAGUAUGGCCAGUAGCAGUGCCUUAUAGCGCUAACGCUAACGCUAACGUAAUGGGCUGGCCUGCUUGGAGGCAUUGUAUUUUUAUGAUGGCUACACAAGUGAAUGUGGUUCCAAAGGCUUGUCUUACUUAGUUGGUCUCUCGACGUAGAAAGUCAAUGAAUGUGGACCUGGUGUUUGUGUAUCGUCUUCAACGUCAAGCCUCUCAGGUAUAAUUGUCUACACGCUACAUCGUGUUGUUCCACAAUGGGCCCCCGAAAAACAUUCGUUUUUCUCAUUUUGUUCUGCACAAAUACUUCAAGAAUGUUUAACUGCUCCUUUUUUGUCACGGUUCAGGUUUUCAGGGUUUUGGUGGCAUCUGUGUCACAUAGAUAAUCAAAAACACAAAGUUGUGGAAAUUAUUUAUUUGCAUAUCAGCAUGUCAGCAAAUGUCCUGUGAAUUUGUCUUUGAGGCUGGCAGGACAUUGACACCGUUUGUCAAGCUGUAAAAUCGAAACCUAGGAUAGACCUGUGUAUGAUAUCACCCUUUGUGUUAGAAGAAAGAACUAAACCUGUCUGCCUUUUAUAUCUUUUCAAUGUAUUUUUACGUGUCGUAGGUCAAUGUAUUCAUCAUCAGAGCUGCUGUAUCACCUUAGUGUCCGAUGCUCACAAGCUGAUAUAUCUUUUAUGGCUCAAUAAAAGAUUUUUAAUGACGCCGUUGCAUCAAUAU